UCCGUCGACUUCCGCGGCUCCCAGGUGACGCCGGUCAAGGACCAGGGGGCCUUUGGCACGUGCUGGAGCUUUGGCUUCGCGGAAACGCUCGAAGGCCUCGGCGUCCGCCUCGGCCACGAGCUGACGAACGUCUCGAACCAGAUGGUCAUCGACUGCUGCCCGGCCUGCCGCGGCUCGGGCCAGGACGCGUCCUACGACUGGGUCGUCUCGCAGAACCAGGGCCGCAUCGCCACGAUGGACUCGUACCCCUACGCCGGCGAUCCAGGCGAGUGCAAACACCCCGCUCCUUCCGUCCCGUUCGUCGUAUCGGGAUGCGUGCGCUCGCGCGACGACGCCGACGAGUCCGGGGCGCCGCUGCUCGCCGCGUUGAUCGACCACGGGCCCGCGGCCUUUGGCAUCGACGCGACCUGCCUCCAGGGCUACAAGUCCGGCGUCAUCACGAAUUGCACGACGACGGGCAUCGACCACGAGGUCCUCCUCGUCGGCGCGGGCGUCGAGGCCGGCGUGCCCUACUUCCUCGCCAAGAACUCCUGGGGCGCCAAGUGGGGCGAAGACGGCUACUUUCGCUUCCAGCAGGCCGGUCGCCAACUCGGAUUCGGCUCCGCGGUGCACGCAGUUUAA